UUCAGUGUUACUCUGGCAGUACUGAGAGGAGGUAGGUGCUGCGCCCACCACCACCAGGCUCGGUGCUGUGCGCAAGUUGCCACAUUACUUACUGGCAACAAAUGAGAUUUCUGCAUUUUUACCAACCAUAUAUCUCGUAUUAACUCUGCCAUCGUGCAUACCCGUGUUAAACUUGAGCAAGUUCGUGCGGUGUAAACAAAAUAAGUGACAGACAUCAGCUGAUAAAGGUGGAGUGUCAUGUGUGAAGGAGUAGUGAUGCAGCGAGCGUGGGUGGUGAUGACGGUGGUGCUGCUGGUGACCGCGUCUGUGGCCGUCCCUCUACACGACACCAAAAUUCAAAACAAGGAGUCAUAUGAGGGUCAGAGUGGCGUGGACGAGGAGGUCCGUCAACUUCUGGACCUGAAGAGCCUGCCUGCCCAACGUGAUUUAGGUCCUCUGAAGAGUCAGAGAAAAGCUGACAAAGAUGGUGUUGUUGCUGUAGCUAACAACAACGUCGCUGCUUCUGCUGCUGCUGCUUCUGCUGCUUCUGCUGCUGCUACUGCUGCUGCUGUUGAAGCUUCUGCUAGGCCCCAGGAAGUGAUGUCCGAGGGAGAGUCGCUACAUGAGAGCACCAGCGUGGUGGAUCCUCACCAGGAACCAGGUCACCUUCCCCACACUCACCAUCAGAACCCGCUUGUGCGGUACACGCCACUGGACCUGGCGCUGUAUGUGUACAAGACGGGAGAUGAGGACGGAGUCACUCUGGCUAUCCAGGAGCUGAUCGUUCAAGGUUUGAUGACAGCUGAGGACGCUCUUAGCUAUCUGCAAGACAUCCGUGACUACCUCCACUACUUCAACCAGCAGGACGACCACCAUGACAAGGAUUCUCAGAGUGACUUUAAGAUUAUGUCGAAGAAGAACAGGAAACCUAUCUCCCUGACGGAGAUGAACGUAGGGUAUCCCGAGGGGAUGCUGACACCUGAGCUGGACUAUGAGAGUAUUCCAGGGAAGCUGAAGAAUGAGGACUACAUGUUAACAGAGUAUUCCCUCGAGGAAAUUAUCUACCAGCUAGCUAAGAUUCUCUUCAAGCAGGCCAUGCACGGAGAUGGAGAUUUUGGAUCUGAGAAAGCGCUGCGGGUAGUGACCCUGCUGGAGAAGGAGGCAGCCCGGGGAGCCAUCACGCCAGAAGUGGAGAAGAAGGUCCUUGACGUUAUGGCGAGUUCUUUGGUCGACAGCUUCAGCGAAAAAGAGUUUCAAGCGGCUCUUGGUUCCAUGGCUGGUGAAUCGUACUUCAAACCAUCCAGUGAGAGCUCUUUGGCCUUAGGAAGGUCAUCUGUGACUUCUGGUUCAAGUUUCAAGCCUUCCAGUGGAAUGUUUCAACUUUCACUGGCAACGAAGAAGAGGGAAGCUCCAGAUGACAAGAAGACAGUGACAGAGAAGAAAGACUAAAAAAAUAAUGGAGCAGGAGAAUAGGGAGGAAGACACACACACAGACACGCACACACACACACACAUACACAUACACAUACACACACACAUACACAUACACAUACACACACACAUUUUCGUGUACCGCUUUUCCCAUGUAUUUUUAUCAGUUUGCUUUGUUCUUCAUUAUAUACCAAGAACUUAGGAAGAUCAGGAUGAGUGGAAAUUUCACUUUCUAACAUAUAAACAUGUGAGAAAGGUCAAAUGGUUACCUAGUUCGGAUGACUUCCAUUAGCAUUGCCUUAACUAUCAAUAAAAUUUCAUAUGGAAUGAAAUGCAAUUGAAGCAAGAGUUUCCAGAUGUUAAAGGUGUGAUAAUUUACAUAUUUUAGCUGAAAAAUUUAAGCAUAUCUGAAAAUGCUUAACACCUCUCUGAAUCGUCGAAAUAUGCCAGUCUUAGGUACGUUGGGAUAGGAAGGGUUCUUCCGGGGAGAGGAAGGGUUCUUCCUGGGCUAGGAAGGGUUCUUCCUGGGAGAGGAAGGGUUCUUCCUGGGCUAGGAAGGGUUCUUCCUGG